GAAAAAAAAAAAAAAAAACGAAGUGAUAGCGAUUCGAAUCGCAGACAAACCAAACGAAGCAAAAAUGUGGAGACAGGCAUUGGCAGGAGCCAGAGGCGCUCUGCAACAGUGGUGCAUGUUAUCAUCCCGGCGGUCGUCGACGAGCGUGUCCUCCGCCGUCAACUCUAUGUUGCUCCGUCACCUCAAAGAACACUACCUUGAACUCUCCAAAAUGACUCCUCCCCCUAAGGUGAGCCCUCCUUCAUCGUUUACAAUUGUGGAAGGAGCACUUGACAGAAGUGGUCCUGUUCUAAAACGGACUUAUGGUGAUGAGGAGAUCAGUCUCCGGGUAAUGCAGUUGGCUAACAUUAUUAGUGGAGAUGAUGAUGGUGAAGACGGUAUUAACCAGUUGUUCCUUCACGUGGAUAUCUCGAAGCCUGGACAGAAGGAGUCUCUGCAUUUUCUGUGCGGGUUGUUCCCUGAUGCAUUGGGGAUUCACUCUGUUUCAAUGAGGCCCAAGCUUGAAACUUCUGGGUUUCUUGUAGUUCCGACCAAAUACAAUGGCCCUGUUUUCCAAGAUCUUGACGAAGGGAUGAGAGAUGCACUGCAUAGUUAUAUCGAAGAGCGAGGUAUAAAUGAGAACCUCUUUCCUUUUCUUCAAGCUUGGCUUUAUGUGAAGGAUAACCGGAAUCUAAUGCGUUGGUUCAGAGCAGUAGGCACAUUGAUUAAAGAGCGCAAGCAAGCUUCAGAUGCUUAAUGUGUUUUAUGUUAUUCUAUGAAAUGAUUCAAUUGGAAUGCAGAAUGAGAUGUUGUUGUUCCUAAGUCAGUCCUGCAUUUGCUAGAAGGUUAAGAUGGGUUUCGAGCUUUAUAUGAGCUUUAGCUUUUUACACAAUUUUAAUUUUGGGAAUGAUAUUCACACUUCACUUUUAACUCACUUCUUUGUUUUUUUUAAUUUAUGUGCUUAUCUUGAAAAGCUGUGUAUUCUAGAAAAGUAAAUGAUGGUUAUGCAUAUUUUCUUUAGUAUGAAAA